AUGUUUAAAUAUAGUGAAAAUAAAAAUAUAGGAAGAAACACUGAUAUUCAUAUUCAAGCACACGAUAUUAUCAUUGAAGAAGAAGCAGAUUUAGAUAAUGAGAUUAGAUUGCUUGAAAAGCAAAAAAAAAUUGCCGAAUUAAAAAAAAAAACAGAUAAAGGAUUUGAAAGCACAUAUGCACCUGCUAUAACUUUAGUUAUACUUUGUAUUUUAAUCAUGGUUAUUUAUGGUUUGGUUGUGGUGAUUAAGAAACGAAAAGCACAAAUUCAAAAGGGAGUGACAGAUGAUAAUAAUGAUAACCAAGCUCAUGAAGUUAUUAUUGAAGAAGAAGCAGAUUUAGAGAAUGAAAUUAGAAUACUUGAAAAACAGAAAAGAGUUGCUGAAUUAAAAAAAGAAAUAAAGGACUUAGAAGCAGUUCACUUGGCACCUACAAAAAGCAUAAUAGCUAACCCUACCUAA